AAGAAGAAACACCUUUCGGCCGAACCUCAGAGGCCUGAAAAAGAAUCUCAUGAGACUGGUGAAAAAAUUGAAAAACGUUCAGAGUUCGAGAAGAAGUCUACUGAGCCAAGUACACCCUUACCUCCUCCACCUGCUCCCGCUCCUCCUCCUCCACCUCCACCGCCACCGCCACCUCCACCUCCACCGCCACCUCCGCCACCGAAUCCGACUCCACUUCCCUUAGAUGCUUUACCGGCACCUCCGGCACCUAUUCCAAUACCAAUUCCUGAAGGAGGUGAUGAUGUAGGAUAUGAGUCCUGUCCAGAUAUGACACCAGAAGAAUUGGCAAAAGUCAUACAGAAGUAG